UUCACCCAGGCACGUACAGCACAAGCCCGCCUCCAGCCCGACUCCACACGACGGUAACGCGAGGACAAGACGAAGAGCGAGGGGGUGGGGAAAGCGGCCGGACUCGCAAGCAAAUUGGAGAGGGAGGGAGGGGGGACGGAUUGACAACCCUGUCCACACCCUCAUCCGUCUUAGCGCCCUCCAUUCUUUUCUCGCUCAGACCCUUUCACACACAUCGAUCUCAAUCUAUCUUUUGCCCGAGAGAUCUCCUCAUCUCUUCCUCGUCUCCUCCUCUCGCUUUCCCCACACACACGCACUCGUUCCCUCUCUCUCCCUUUUAACACCAUCACGACCAUCAGGAAAAGGGAAGAGGAGCGGUGCUGUGUCGGCCUGCGCGCCUUGCCUUCUACGACACAAGACAGCGAGACAAGGACGAUUGCGCACCACCUGUUGCUUUCGCGUCGCACGCGGCAUUGGCUACCAUGGCCCCGGCAAAGGCAGGCCCGGCCAAACGGGCCGCGCGUCCGGUCAAAUUUACCAUGGGCUAUGUUGACGAUGGCGACGACGAUGGCAACAACGAGGAGGUCUUUACCGAUGAUGAUGAUGACGACGACAAUGAUGGCGGCGGUGUCUGGCACGACCAGUCUGCCUCGUCGAGCAGCAAGACCAAGCUCGACUGCGCGAGGCCUGGGCAUGCACCCGCGGCCGCUGCUACGCGAGGAAAACCGCCGUCCCCCGCCGCGAAACCAGCCCGCGCCGAUCCGUCGUCAUCAAAAGCCGCCGAUCGACGAAAGGAGGCCAAAGAGCACGAGGACAAGGACGAGGAGGAAGUCGACAACGUCGAUGAGGACGAUGACUCCGAUGCAUGGUCCUCGGAAACUGAUGACUCGGACGAGGAGAGAGAAAGGCUAGCGGCGGCAGCAGCAGCCGAAGCCAAGACCAAGGCAAAGGCAGCGGCCGCGGCCGAGGAGAAGCGGAGACGGCAGCGACAGGAGGAGGAGGAGAGCAUGUUCAAGAAGCGGCCGAUCCGGAGCCAGAGCGCCGCAGAUGUCUCGCUCCUGGGAGAACCGCAUACAGGCCUGUCCAAUGGGCGGGCCGCCUCGUCAUCAAAGCACGGCUCGCUCAACGGCAUCAGCAACAAUCCAGUAGCAGCAGCAGCAGCAGAAGCAGCAGCGCCGGCACCGCCCGUCCGGGGCAUCCUCACCAGCAUCUUCCACCCAGAACAAGGACCCCACUCGCCGCCGGGCCAGCUCGUCGGCAGGCCGCACGCGAGUGCCGCGGAUCUCAGGCAAGUGCCCAGUCGGACAAGAUCACCUCCUCAAGGAGCGUCUCGGCGACCGCCAGCCUCCUCGGCAAUCUCCAACAGCAAGCGAAGGAGCUACGUUGAUCUGGUGGAAUACCGGCAGCAGGCGACGGGUGAUGGCCCCGGUGGCGAUGGCAGCGGUAGUGGGGGUGCUGGUGGUGCUGGAACUGGGACUAGCAGCGGUGGACGAUUGCCAAAAGUGCCCAGCAGCCCACAGGUCGCCGAGAUGGGCAACCAGGGAGGCCUGCGAAGCUCAAAGAGCGCAGUGGCCCUUCCUGUCUUAACGUCUCUCCAAAUGAAGAUCUCGCCCUCGUGGACCAGCCCGCCGCGGUCGUCCGUUGAGGAUACCAGCCACCUUAUGAGUAGUACUCCUUCACAACGGCAGAUGGGCCAAAAUGGCGUUCAUAAAGGCGCUCAGCAGCAACAAAGCACCUCUGCCUCGGCGCAGGGAGCCAGCAGCGCCCCAGACACGCACGACAAGCCCGUCGUUUCAGCAAAGCCAGCCGAAAUUGACAUGCCGGCUCGGAGAAGAUCGACGGGCGAAGACCUCGGCGAUGAAGGGGCAGGCAUGCCCCUGACGCCCAAGACGACGCGAAGAAACAUGAUCCAGCACGAGCUGUCCGAGUCCUUGCGCGAGAACCUGCUCUGGGAGCGACAGAACCGGCAGAGAAUGCUGGGCAUUGGCGCAAUUGGGCCUUUGGACCAUCACUUCCAGCAGCCCCCACCUCCCAUUGAGGAAACAUACCGUUCCUCGAACCGACAGCAACAGCAGCAGCAACAACAGCGACAGCUACCGCUACAACAGCAGCAGCACCAGCAGCACCAGCAGCACCAGCAGCACCAGCAGCGGGCUCCAAGAGGCCAGUCUGUGCUGUCAGGCGGCCUGCGACCGCUGACGAGCAGCAGCAAUGUGGCGCAACAAGCCAAUACGGCUCGAUCCCAGCACGACACAAACACCCUACACCGCCACUACACAGGCGACUUCCACGUCUCGGGCUGGUGACCUUCACUGCCCACCUUCUUCCUUGUUGACUUGUUAACACCACCCCAACCGCUCCUACUUUAGCUAUCCUCGCACACAUCUCAAACACCUAUCCUCACUACUCUCACAGACAAUUCUUAAUCAGUAUUUGGUCCCUGCAAUUCACCCUAUUUCACUGUCC